UGUUGGCUCUAUUGACGCCAGUUCGUUAGCUUCAUCAUUCGGAUGAGAGUACAGUCGCUGCAGGUGCAUUCUUGCAUUUCGCUGUAUUUCUUCCACCACCGUAUUUAUCCCUAGAUCACGAUGCAGAUCAGAGUUCCUUACGUACCAUGGUGCAUUUGCCACACCCCUUAAUAUAACGUUUUGGAAUUUUUGUAUGGUUUCAACAUGUGUGCUGCUAGCGCAUCCCCAGAGCUGAAUACCAUAUGUCCAAAUUGGUGUCAAUAUUUGUUUGUAAAUUAAAAGCUUGUUAUGAUGUGACAGUUUCGACUUCUUUCCAAUAAGCCAUUUGAUUGAUCUGUAUUUUAUAUUCAGUUCAUCUCUCUUUUUUUUACAUGUUCAUUCCAUCUCAGCUUUGCAUCCAAUGUCAUACCGAGGUACUUAGCCGUAUUAGAAUGUGGAAUUUGCAUUCCAUCAAUGUAGAAGGGCAUAAAUCUGAUAUUUCGCCCAAGCGAUAAUGUCAUUGACAGAAGACUGCAGACGCCUGGCUGCUGUUAGUUCAUCAUCUCCAAUCGCUAGAACAGCUGUAUCGUCAGCGAACGUCGCUGUAAACGUCGCUGAGCUCAUUGGCAAAUCAUGUGUGUAUAUUAAAUAUAACAAAGGACCAAGUACACUGCCUUGGGGUACCCCAGCGUUGAUUUUUUGGAGUUCACUGUAAUCGUUUCCAUGCUUAACACGGAAGUUACGAUUAGUCAAAUAAGAAGAAACCAUAUCGAAAUACUCCAACGGAAAAAUGUCUCUUAUUUUUGUUAGUAGACCUGUAUGCCAAACUUUGUCGAAAGCCUGGGAUACGUCUAAUUUUGAGAAACCAACAGCCCAAAUAUAUUAUAAAAAACUAUUAGAAGUGACAAAAAUUGAUACAACGUGGGACUUAGUAAGAUUUAAGAUGAGAUAUUUUAAGCAAAGUUUUGUUAAGGCAAACAAUUGGCGCAAGUCUACUGGCGCCGGCUUGCUAGAUGACGAAGAAGUCACAUCUAUAAAAGAUAAGGUAAAAUUGAUGUGUCCAUAUUAUGACCAAUUGUCGGAAAUAUUUGGUGAGAAAGCUUGGAGCAACAAAAUUGUUUUACAAUCUUCUGCUAUGGUAUGCGACAAGGAGAUGUCAGUGUAAGAACUGAAUAGUACCAGCGAACGAGCAGGCGUUGAAAUAGCGAACAGCGAAGAAGCAACACCAUUUAGCACGAUAUUUGAUGCAGAUAUACUGACAGAAAAUACUGUGUAACAGAUCACUACUAACAGAAGCGAGGUUAACACACAAAAAAAAAACUACACCAGGGAGGAUUCGUUUCGAAAACAAUUUAAGACGUAAUAAACAAACAUCCGCCAUUCAGGAACUAAACGAUAUUGAACGCAAACGAGAGGAGUUCCAAAAUCGGAAGCUUCAACUUGAAGUAGAAAAAUUCGAGUUUCACAAAGAAUUGGAACUAAAAAAAUUGCGCAUGAAGGAGGAUAAGAUAAACAUGAGAUUCAGGCUAAAAGAGGAGAAGUUAAAGCAAAAAGAGAAAUUGGCGAUAUAUGAACUGGAUUUAAAAUAUGGCAAAGCGAACGAUAGCUAAUAUUUCAAUUUUAUUUUGUCCUAACUAA